UUGUUUUGACGACAGAGCGACGCGCUUUCACUGUGGCCGUGCCCUUGGAUUCGGACACUUUGUAAUUGUUCAGCUUUUCGCUAUCCAUUCUCGACCGGCACAUUAUUGUGGCGAGCGCAAUUCCUCUUGGUCAGUGACGACUGCGACUCAACACCGCCACACCCGUUACUUUAUAUCGAGUUGCUUCUUUUCGUAUCCUCCUUCCCACCGAUAGUUCUACGACUACGCGCGACGAAGAUUCGUUGCUGGAAACACUUGCUCGUUCGACGAUCCUCUCGCCAUCUCGCUCUGUCUGACAAUCAGACCUCGAGAUGAUGGAUUACGGUCCAUACCAGCAGCCGCCACCACACGGCCAUCAUCCACAGUCGCGCCUUCAGGGCGGAUAUACACCUGCGACGCAGACCACCGCGCCCGGCGGCUCCAUCACCUCUCCUCCCACACAGACGCCACAGAUGCAUCAAUCACAUCCGACACAUACGCAAGCAUCACCCAUAAUACCGUCUCAGGGACACGCCUUUCAACAGCAAGCGGCGGCAGCGCAAACCGGACAUCCGCAAAUGGGUUACCCUGGCCCAUAUGGCGUCGCCGCACCGGCGAUGCAUCAAGGUUAUGGCAUCUCUCCGACGCAAGCAGCUGCCAUGGCAACAGCAGCGGCUUCAGGACAAGCAUACUAUCCCAUGCCCGAAGGACCUUUACCGGCCAGUCUCGGGCAGGAUCCUCGAGCCUCACCACGCAUGGCAGGCGUCUCCAAGAAGGAGCCCAUGCGCCGAACGCCGCCGCACGUUGCCGGGCAGUUGUCAGGACAGCCCUCGCUGCCGUCACAAGUCGGUGCUGUUCCCGGACAGGCGGCCAUGGUUGCGCAACGUCGACCGAGCCAGCAAAUACCUAGCCCAGCGGUGGCUAACUCGCACCCGAUCAUGAACCAUGCGGGACCGCGAGGCUCUGUUCCCCCGACCAUGUCGCAGCCGCCUGCCAUGGCGCAACAUCGUGCGUCACCCGAAGUUGCUGGCGGUGCGGCCGAGGAAUCACCCCUCUACGUCAACGCCAAACAAUUCCACCGUAUAUUGAAGCGACGCGUCGCACGACAACGGCUGGAGGAGGCGCUGCGGUUAACGUCCAAGGGCCGGAAACCUUACCUGCACGAGUCACGGCAUAAUCACGCCAUGCGACGGCCACGUGGACCCGGUGGGCGAUUCUUGACAGCCGACGAAGUAGCGGAGAUGGAGCGGGUAAAGGGCACUGGCAUCGUCGGUGCACCGCUGAGCGAGGCCGGCAGUGACAAAAAGGAAGAUGCCAUCAGCCAUACACCAGCCAAGCUCGCGACUGCUCCCAACGCCACAGGAACGGGCACCAAGCGAAAAGCAAGCACAUCAGAAGGACACUCGACGACACCGGCCAAAAAGAGCAAGUCGGAUGAAGCCAGUGAAGCCAGUCUCGUCGCUGGUGGUACUGGAGGAGGCGAAAGUGAGGAGCCGGAAGAAGACGAGGAUGCAGAAGAAGACGGAUAGAUUUCCAUUCGUCUGGGUGCAACCCCGGUUGAAAGGCACAGUCUGGCGCUUCCUGAGCGCAAAACUGUUGUCAGGAGGAGUAGCGUUUUUCAAAUGUUCUUUAUUUUAUUUUAUUUUUUUUUUUUUUCAGGGGACGGGCUUUUGCAGGCCCCCAUCUUCUUUUCUUUCCCAUGCUUUUUUACAACUCAUU